AUGUGCGCCAGGAAGUUAAAGUAUUCUUCGGGCGACGAGUUACCUGUAAGUAUGGUUAGCGCAGGCACAGCCAAUACACGGAGACUAACGCAACAGCAGCUAUUUGCAACACCUGAGGAGGCUAUGCGCGAAGGGAACCGACAGGAAGAGGAGCGGAGACGACGGCAGGCGGCCGAGUAUCAGGCGAAUAAGUACGGGCCGGGCUACGGCGGCGGGCCCGGGGACGGCGGCGGGCGCAUGUACGAGCAGGGUGGGUAUGCGGCUGGAGGGGGGUACGGAGGCCGCAUGCCGCAGAACCAGUAUGGAUAUGGGUACCAGGGCGCGGCGCGGCCGGCAGCGCCUGGGGCGCCGGUGGGGCCCCCGCGGACGGGCUACUCGGGCUCGUCUGGCAGCGCGACGCCGAUGGCGGUUCCGCAGCAGCAGUAUCCGCGCCCGGACAACUCGUUUGUGAACCACUCGCCCACACGUAUGGGGAACAUCAGGCCCCAGUCGCAGCCCCAGGCACAUGUACAGCCACCCAUGCAGCAGCACCGCCCGCUUUCACAGGUGUACUCGCAGUCGCCCGCCAUGGCGUCGGGCCAUGCGCCCGUGUCCGGGCACGCAUCAGCCCCGAUGCACCCAUCGGGGCAGAUGGGCGCAGCUGGUCCAAUGACGGCGCCCUCAAUGCAGAACAACGCGCCGGUGCAUAGUAUGCCGCCCAGCAUGGGCCACCCUGGACCUCGCAGCCACCAGUCGUCAAUUGGACACACUGCGCCACAAAGUCACCAGUCGUCCAUGGGUCACUCUGCGGCACAGAACCAUGCCGCUCCCAUGGGCCAUGGCAUGGCUCCUGUACAGAGCCACGCGUCUUCGCAGAGCCACGGCACAUCUCGUACACAUAGUAGUUCGCCUGCGCAUGGCGUUGGGCAGCUUCAGGGAAAUCCUCCUCGCGUUCCACAGGCCCCGCCUGGCCUGCCGGGCCACGGGAAGCCAAUACCACCGAGCGCACAGAGCUAUAAUUUGCCUGCAAGGCCGCAGCCAGCUCAGCAGCCUCACCCGAACCAUACCCAAGCCAAGCCCGCCACCGUUCCUAAUGAAGACCCCGAUGCUAUAACAGCAAAGAAAUUAUUCAUGAAUCACGACGUCCGGAAGAUGGAGCGUCUCACAGCAGAGGAGCUACAGCAUCUGCUACAGAAUGAUGACAAUUCGCAGUUCUGCAUGAGUUCGGUGGACGCGCUAAUUAGCCUGUUUGGCGCGACGCGCUUUGGUACCGUAAACUUGUCUGAGUUUACUUCGUUAUACAAGCGCGUGAAGAAGUGGCGCAUGAUAUAUGUGGACAAUGAUAUUAACGGUUCGUUCACGCUUUCCGCUACGGAGUUUCAUAACUCUUUACAGGAGCUUGGGUACCUUGUGCCGUUCGAAGUCAGCGAGAAGCUCUUCGAUCAGUACGCAGAAUUUAUGAACAAUCAAAACUCUAAGGAACUAAAAUUCGACAAGUUUGUCGAGUCGCUUGUAUGGUUGAUGAGGUUAACCAAGGUUUUUAGGAACUACGAUGAGCACCAGGAUGGUAUCGCUACAAUUCAUUUUAAGGAUUUUAUAGAUACGUCUUUGUAUUUGGGGAAGUUUUUGCCCCGGUAA